AUGUUCUGCUUGUGUCUUCUCUCACAUUCGCAGCUGCCCAUCCUGGUGUCCUUCGUGGUCAGCCUGUAUUUCCUGGAGUGGACAGAUGUCUUCAAACCGGUCAAGUCUGGAUUCACGUGUCACGACCGGAGCCUGAGCCUGCCCUACAUCGAGCCCACCCAUGAGGUCAUCCCCCUGCUCAUGCUGCUCAGCCUGGCCUUCGCUGGACCCGCCAUCACCAUCAUGAUUGGGGAGGCCAUAUUGUUCUGCUGCGUGUCCCGGGGGAGAGGAGGAAGAGGAGGAAGAGGAGUAACAGAGGCCAACAUCAACGCAGCAGGAUGCAACUUCAACUCCUUCAUCCGGAGAGCCGUGCGCUUUGUGGGCGUGCACGCGUUCGGCCUCUGUGCCACGGCGCUCAUCACAGACGUCCUGCAGCUGAUGACCGGAUACCCCGCGCCGUACUUCCUGACCGUGUGCAAACCCAACUACACCGUGCUGAAUGUGAGCUGUGACAAGAACCCCUACAUCCUGGAGGACAUCUGCUCUGGGCCUGACCCGGCGGCCAUCACACAGGGCAGGAAGUCGUUCCCUUCUCAACACGCCACGCUCGCCUCCUUUGCCGCGGUUUACGUCUCGAUGUACUUCAACAGCACCCUCACAGACUCGUCCAAACUGCUGAAGCCGCUGCUGGUCUUCUCCUUCGUCAUCAGCGCCGUCAUGUGCGGCCUGACCCGGAUCAUCCAGUACAAGAACCAUGCGGUGGACGUGUACCUGGGCUUCCUGCUGGGAGGGGCCAUCGCCGUCUACCUGGGCCUGUUUGCAGUGGGGAACUUCCUUCCCAGUGAGGACAGCUGCUCUCCGGCUCCUCCUCAGCCCAGACCCACCUGCUCGCUGCCCCACAUCAGUCAGGAGGCUGUGCUGCACCACCUGCAGAUGAAGGCCAUGGCUGGAGAGGUUCUGCCCACGUCUCACUCUGAGGGUCUGCUGCACCGGGGGCUCCCUCAGCAGAGGCCAGAGGACACGCUCAAAGCACACGCUGAAGGAGACGCCCUCUCCCCCCGCAGUCCUCAUAACAAAGAGGCGUACAUGGCCUUCAGCCACACCCUGCCCCGCGUGCACACGCCGCAGGCCAUUGCCGCGUACGAGGAGGCGGCCCGGCGCCACGCCGCCACUCUGCACCACGCCUCCAUGGACUCUAGCCGCUCCAAGCAGCUGCUGUCCCAGUGGAAGAACAAGAACCACAAGUGUUCUCUGCAGGUCCCUGAUUCCUUCUCCUCAUCACUGGACUCCUCCUCAGGACAGUCCUCUCAGCAGCCCACACACCACGGCAGCAUGGACCACCUGCACCCGGGCCCCGAGACCCCCCCCAUGGGCCUGAACGGAGGCUUCGACUGCCACUCCUACAUGUCCAAGUUGGCAGCCGGUACGAGCACCACUCUCCCCAGCAACUGCAGCGGCAUCAGCGGAGGAGCCCGCAUCGCCAUGCAGUCCCGGCCUGGCUCCUCACAGCUCGUGCACAUCCCAGAAGAGGCUCACGAGAACUACAACUCCUCCCCCCGCUCGGUGCACACAGGGGCCCCCAACGACAACACAGUGAGCAGCGCGGGACAGGCCAAUUGGCAGAAGGCAGCAGACAAGACCUGCCGCGCUGCUGAGGCGUCGCCCAGGAUCAUGCAGGUCAUCGCCAUGUCCAAGCAGCAAGGCCUCCUCCAGUCGUCCAAGAGCUUAGACGAGAGCAGCAUCGGUCCCUCCCAGUCCAUCUGCCAGGGGCCCCCGCGAUACCGAGCCCUGACCGACCAAGACAGCUCCAGUAUGUCAGGCAGCACAGGUGCCAUCGUGCGCAUAGAGGCCCACCCGGAGCACCCCAAACCGAUCAUCCAGCCCCCCUCCAAGGACGGGAGCGGCUCUUGGAGAUGGAGGUCUCUGGACCACGGCACCGGAGCUCGGGUCAUGCUGGAGCCUGGAGGAGGGGGCCCCACGGCCCCAAGGCAGUCCAGCGAGAUGAACGAUUUGAACCGCGACUCUGAGAGCUGCGGGUCGGGCUCCAUGGACCGCAAACGGCCCAAUCACGCGGCCUGCAGUGGCUCUGUGGGGACGGGACAGGGACAGGGCGAGCAGAGGGGCCAUCCCGCCGGGCUCUCCACUAUACGCGUGACUCCGGGGGAUGGCGGGGGACUGGCCGGCGGGGAGAGUGCAUCAGAAACACUGUCGGUCGCGUCCAGCCGAGAGUCCACGCUUCGGAGGAAGGCUAACAACGUCAUCCUCAUCCCGGAGAGGGCCAACAGUCCGGACAGCACCCGCAAUAUCUUCUACAAAGGCACGUCCCUGACGCCGGCGCUGAAGGAGUAG